AUGGCGACGCCAAAUGAAGUUGCAGCUCUCGAGUUCAUCAGGCAACACCUUCUUGACGAAUUUGAAUCCUCUCCUAUCGAUCAAAUCUUCACCGAUUUCACUUACACACCUAGCUUUAACUCCGAUGACCAUUGCUCCAUUUCCAGCUCUCACUGUGAUUCUUCGUCUUCAACCACUUCUCCUCUCUCUGAUUUCUCCAAUCAUUCCACUGAUUACGAUUUAACUCGUACUAUCAAUUUUUCUGAAACUGAAUCCACAGAACAUGAAACCACCAAUCCGGUAUCCACAAAACCAGUCGAACGAAUUGCCGGAGAGAGAGAAGAGAGGAGAUACAGAGGCGUGAGGCAGAGGCCGUGGGGGAAGUUUGCGGCGGAGAUCCGAGAUCCAAAACGUCGCGGAUCUAGGGUUUGGUUAGGCACAUUCGAUAGUGCGAUUGAAGCAGCGGAGGCGUACGAUAAAGCGGCAUUUGCGAUGCGAGGUAGCAAGGCGAUUCUUAAUUUUCCACUUGAGGUUGCGUCGUUGAAGAAGAUGGAUGAAUAUGGUGGAGGCCAUAAAAGGAACAGAGAACAUGACGUGGUGGUGGAGAGGAAUACGAUAAUGGCGGAGACUGCCGUGGAUGAUCCAGCGACGCCGUCGUCUAAUUGGAUAACUUUCUUCAAUAGCUGA